AAAUUGGUAUUCAGUUUUGGGGCAGGCUUGUGUAUUUUUUUCCUCGGCUUGUUUUCACUCGGAGUGAGGGAUCGGAGUUGACAAAACAAAUGUGUGCCGUGGAGCCACGAAUCGGCGCAUCACAGUUCAGGUGGAUCUAGAUGAUGGACACGGAGAAGAGAAUCCAAAGGAGUACGCGCGGACUACACGAUCAGAUUUCACCGCUACAUUUCACGAAUCAGUAACAUCUAAACAUUUUCUCAGACUCGUAUGACAACAGCGGUCGAUCACUGGUCGGUGGUUGUCCUACCGCAGGACAGUGAGUGUCUGAUGCCGAGUUUGAUUCGCUACCUUACUGCGAAGUUGCUGUCGCGCUUACCUGUUUAUAUGAGUUUUGAAUGCGUAAUGAGGUUUACAUUGGCGAGACCACUUGUUGAAAUCUCACAAAACUAAGUUCAGUGUUGUAGGAAAUACGAUUGAUUGAAUUUACCAUAUAAGUGGGCCGUUUAAAGAGUCGACCCACUGUUUGUUGUCAUUUAUAGUUCGUUUGUGAUAAAUCGGUUGUGAUAUUUCGAUUGUGUCAUAUCGCUCAUUAGCUGGUUAGCUGUCACGCCUGACUUUAUCCUGUAACUGACCGAGCAAUAUCAAUCAAUUACACACAUUUAGACAGUUAUAUCACCAACUGUCUAUCUUAGUUCAUAAAUAAUGGUAGGCACUUAAAUAUUUAUGCGCAAUAACAAAAAUAUACAUAAUUUAAAGUGUUCUCGUCAGAAUCUAAAGUAUUUAGCUCGCUAGCUAGAGUUGUUACUGAACUCGUUUCGUAAAUCCAUGUUAAAUAUUUAAGCUUUUCUGUUUGGCAUUGCACAGUAUUCCACAUUGUUUCCCUAUUUCCCCCCACGAUACCAAGCAAGAGCUGGUUUAGUGAUGCCAAACAAAACUGUCAUAAACACUUGACUAUUUAGCGAUGUCCAGUUUCCUGACAAACUUUUGAGCAAAUUCUGCUCAUCGCCUUUAUACAAAUAUUGGCGUUAUAAGUAUAAAGAAUUCUUAUAUAUCCUCGUUACUUUGCACUUAAGCUGAAUUAAGUCCAUUAAGUCGUUAAUAAUACGGUUUCAUCGCGUUUUCCAGCUCAUUAAUGGUGGCAAAUCUCAUGUCAUUAAAGCCACCUCGUCAAACCUCUCUAAAGCAUCUGGACUGCACUCUUACACGCUUUUCAGACAUGAAAGGACAAAUUAAACACAUUUGACUUCUCUAUCGACAACAUUCAACCGUUAGUUCCCUGCGAAGUUGAUCUCGAAACUCUGCGGCCCAACCAUGUCUGGAUCCCCGGGCUCGAGUGGCUCCAACCCACGGAAGUUCAGCGAGAAGAUCGCGCUGCAUAACCAGAAACAGGCGGAGGAGACGCGGGCCUUCGAGCAGCUCAUGACAGACCUCACCGUCUCAAGGGUGCAGUUCCAGAAGAUCCAGCAGCUCCGUCUGUCACAGAACCGGGCACAGUACUACGGUGGCUCGCUGCCCAACGUCAACCAAAUAGGCAAUGCAAGCACUGAUUUCCAGGGGACUUUUCCCUCCGGACUGGACUCUGUGCGAGGGACCAGACACCAUGGUCUGGUGGAGAGGGUUCAUCGAGACCGCAAUCGGAUCAACUCACCACACUGCAGGCCCAUCGACAAGCACGGGCGGCAGGCUGAGAGCUCUCCAUAUGGAACGAUGUACCUUUCUCCUCCCCCUGACAACAGCUGGAGAAGGGAGCAACCGCCAUGGACCGAAGAGAAACGCCCUGGAUUUAGAUUAAUAUCACAGCUUAACAGAACAAACUCUGACUCAGCUCUGCACACCAGUGCCAUGAGCCCAAACCCACAGGAUCCUUUUGGCAGGAACCAGCAGAUGGGCAGAGGACCUCCUCAGAGAAACGCCAGCAUGAAUGAAGCAGAGGUGGACAAUUCUGGAGAUGUGUUCUCAUUUCAUGCUGUCCCUAAUGAGGAGAAUCUGCUCGGAGUGAAUAAGCCACUGCCAAAACAGUUAUGGGAGGCCAAAAAGGUGCAGUCUCUGUCCUCCCGGCCAAAGUCCUGCGAAGUUCCUGGAAUCAACAUAUUCCCUUCUCCAGAGCAGAAUGCAGGUUUGUCUCACUACCAGGGCACUUUAAACACUGGCGGGUCUCUGCCUGACCUCAGUAACCUGCACUUCCCCUCUCCGCUGCCCACUCCUCUGGACCCCGACGAGGCUGGAUAUCCCAACCUGAGCGGAGGCAGCAGCACCGGCAACCUCCCCGCAGCCAUGAUGCAUCUGGGCAUCGGAAACUCACAAGGGCUGUCAUCCUCUCUAAGCAACCCUUCCAUCCAGGCGUCCCUCACCAACUCUCAGCUACACUCAUCUCUCAGCAAUCCAUCAAUCCACACAUCUCUGCGUCUCUCCUCGCUGUCCAACCCUCCUACGACGGGCCUGGCGAGUUCACCCAGGAGAAGGCCGGCCCCCAUUAGUCCCCUGACACUCUCUCCAGGGGGCGAUCAGAGGCGAAGCCUGGGCAAGCAGCUCUCCCCGACAAUGUCGCCCUCUCUCUCUCCGAUCACACAGGGUGUUGCCUUGGACACCAGCAACUUGCCGAUGGAGCCGCCCCCUCCCUACCCCCUUUACCAGCAAACCCAGCAGCACCUGCAGCAGCAGCAGCAUCAGCAUCAGCAACCUCCUCCCCAGUCCCAUCUGUCUAUUCAGCAGAGCUCCCAGCAUCCAGUGGUGCAGCAACGACCAACAGGUGGCCAACAGCAGCACCAGCAGCACCAGCCUGUGUCCCCACUGCAGAGCGUCCCGCUCGACUUUAAUUCCAGUGCUCACAACAGCAUGGGGGCAUUUUUUAAUGAUCCCUUUAUGGAGCUGCAGUUUUCUGGACGUCAGUCCAAGUGUUCGUCCUAUCAGCAGGAUCAGUAUAAUAUGUUGGAGAAUGUCAUGAGCUCUGUGGCAGGAGGGUUUGACCCUUCUUCCAACCUCUACUACUCCCAGGCUGCCCUCAUGGGCUUGGGCGGUAGCCAUGGCAACCUGCAAGACCACCUUCAGAUGAGGCCCAAUAUGCUCUACUCUAAUUGUGGAGGAGGAGUGCCCAACAUUAUCCUUACAGGUUGGGAUGAUCAAACAGCAGGUCGUUACGACUCCAAUCCCAGCCUCUCUAAGGACAUCAGCAGUGUGUUGUCUGCAGUGCCAGAGUGUUUUGACUCAGAGGGAAUUUUUCCACUGGAGGAUGAACUACGUAUUGAGCCGCUCAGUUUGGAUGGACUGAGCAUGCUCAGUGACCCCGAUAUGGUCCUCCCUGACCCCUCAGUAGAGGACAGCUUUCGCAGCGACAGACUUUGAAGAGCCACAUCAUGCAUGUAUACAUUCAUACAAACAAGUCCACGAACGUGACGACUAAAGCACAGAACCUAUAGCACUCAGAUUUCUAUAAACAUAAAAAGAUCUUUACAUUUUCUUAAACACAAAGCACAUGCAUAAACACUACAUGUUGAUAUAAAGUGAAUCAUCAUGCUCGCAUGAGUCACCCAGACGCCGUCUCUCAGUGGCCGCCAUUGCUCAGCAUGCUCCAUCUGCCUCCCAAGACACCGAUCAUCACUCAACAGAUGUGUGAAACCAAUCUGGAUGCUUCGCACGUGCUUUGACCUGUAAAGACAAUGAAACAAACAAAUAUGCAUGAACACAUGAACCUGCCGUGUAUCUACUCCUUGUGCCGAGUGACAAUCAUGACACCGAAGCCAUAGCAAUGCCAAACCUAUAGCUGGAUCGGCUAUUGCAUUGCUGGUCUAAUUCAAAGCCAUGCAACCAAAACAAAAUGAAUGUGCUUGUUUUACACAUUGCUUUUGGAUGUUAUCAGUAGGUCACACCAGCUUUCAAUAACAUUUCGGUAGCAGCAAAUGGAUGGGACCUUCCUGAAUGUGGAGACGGUGUAAAGAUGACAAUAUGACGUGUUAUGGAACAGAAGUAGCCGACAGCCGGCCUAAUAACAGCCCAUAUUGAUGCACCAAAUGCUGUGAUAUGAGACACCAGCAGGAUGGGUUUAGCCUUCCCCCCUCGCCACACCACCCGAACUCUGUUUCAGUACCAAGACCAGAACAUGUUCGGUGUAAUGAACCGUCUGGCUCGGGCUACUGAGUAGCAGACACAUUUAAACUAACCAACAGUCUCUGGUGUCACUGCCUGAAGUUUAGAACUAAGCUAACCGCAUGAUAAUGCUGUGCGACAGGUUUUCAAUCAGCGUUUCAGCGAUCACUUUGCUGGCCCGUAGAUGAGCCAAAGCCACUCAUACACGCUCCAGGCUGUGAAAACUCAGUCCGUCCUUUAGAAUGUGGCCAGUGCCCCUUAUUCAAAUGACAGGAGAUGAGAAUUCAAUUAAUUAUACCUCUCUUCCUGCACAGUGACGUACUAUAAAGAGAGGGGAAGUGUAGAUGAUGUGUAUAGAGCAUUAUUUUGCAUAUUUUUUGUAUAAAAAGAAAAAAACGAUAAAAGAGAGCUUUGCCACAUAUAUA